AUCCAUAGAUAUAGAGGGCCGGUUGUAUUGCAUGUAUAGACGCCAUGUCCUCUUUGAGAUUUGUUUGCCUUUAAUUCACAAGCUACAGGCCACUGCUAGUCCCUCCCUUAAGGGUGUGGGCAGAAGGAGGAGAAAAUCUAGGAAAGGAAAGUGAAAGCUGAUGCCAUAUGCACUAUAGCAGCCACUAGAAGAAAUGGCUGAGGCAUUUCACCAGGAUCUCACCUGCUCCAUCUGCCUGGAUCUGUUUGUGGAACCAGUGCUGCUCAGCUGUGAGCACUGCUUCUGCAAGAAAUGCGUCCUCUCUUUCUGGGACAGCCAAGAGAGAGUAUCCAGUUGCCCUGAGUGCCGGGCACCUUGUCCAGAUAGACAGUGCACCCCAAGUCGACUACUGGGAAACUUGGCAAAAAGAGCAUGGGACAUGCGACAUGAAACAAACAGUGGCAUUCUGCCGAACACUACAGAGGUCAGUGAGAAGGAAGAGAGAGAGGUGGAAACAGAGGAAAGGCAGCAUAAGGGACUUUGUGAGGUCCACGGUGAGAGUUUGGAGCUUUUCUGCACCAUUGAUGAGAUCCCAAUCUGUUGUUGCUGCAUCAACUCAUCUGUCCAUGCUGGACACAGCUUUGUCUCCUUGAAGGAUGGGGCCCAGAGUUGCAAGAUCGAGCUGGCAAUGGCUCUGGAGCCUCUGGAGAUAAGAAUUAAGGAACUAGAAGAACUUGAAGGAUCCCAGCAAGAAAAAAUAUAUUCCUUGAAGAACUUGGCUGCAUCAUUGCGCACAAACAUUGAGGCCACAUUUUCUGAAUUGCACCAGCUCUUGUACCAGAGGCAAGCUAAGAUGCUUGCUGAAUUGGAUAAGGAUGAAAAGGAUGCCCACAAGGACAUGGCGGACCAUUUGGAGCAGAUCCAAGAGAAGCUCAGUGCUGCCAAGACAGUGGUGACUGAAGGAAAAAGCUUCAUGGAACUGAACAAUCUAAGCAGCUUCCUCUUGGGUGUCCAACCGUUGCUGGAAAAAUUGGUAGCAAUGAAGGCAACCCACUGUGAAGAAAACAGAGAUGGUCUUAAGGUGAUUCACAGGAAUCUCUACCUGGGCAAGUUCAAGGGCCCCAUCCAGCAUCUGGCAUGUAGACCACUGUUUCCACUCUUUGCACAAGGUUUACAACCUGUCCAGCUGGACUGCAACACUGCUCAUCCCUUGCUCAAAAUCACAAACAAGGAAACACGUGUAAUCUUUAGCAUGGAGAAUAAUAGACUUUUAAAAACGCAUAUAGAAUAUGUGAAGAACAGGUUUUGGACUGUGUUUGCUAAAAGUGGCUUCCUUUCUGGUAGGCAUUACUGGGAAAUAGAGGUUGAAGGUGAACCAGUGUGGUGGGUUGGUGUAGCUGUAGAGUCCAUGAAAGGAAAAACUGUGGAAGAGCAUUUUGAAAGCAAAGUCUGGGCUAUACCGGUAACAAGAGAGAAAGGCAUUAAUAUGAGGGUUGGGGUGUACCUGGACUAUGAGAAAGGUCAAGUUUCUUUUUAUAGAGCAAGUGAUGGGUCUCAUGUGUAUACACUCAUGGCUCAGUUCAAAGAGAAAGUCUAUCCCUUUUUCUAUUUUAUUGCAACAAAACCUUUUAAAGAUGGGUCUCUGAUCAUUUGUCAGAAAUAGGACACCUGAAGUACCUUUUGGUAUAAUCUCUUUCCAUGUGUGCAGUCCACAGCUACUGGAAUGUCUGCUGCAGCUUUUACUUCAGUGAUUUAAGACAAUUAGUCCUCCUACUACCCCCCCCCCCAUAUUAGACAGAGAGAUGAAAAAUAAAAUGAAAAUAUAUUUGUAGUGUAGUUCAUACCCUAGUUCAAGGUGAAUAUCAGAUCUCCUUGAUCCUUUAGGAUAGUGCAGUGCUAGACAAAACUUUUAUUCUUGGGACCUCUCUUUACCUCCACAUGCAGAUAUUGUGCCACCCCCACCCAUGCACCAUAAUAUAUGAAUAAAAACAUUUUGUUUA